UUCGCUCGCGGCCUACCCCGGCUCCUCGGUAUGGCGCGGCCCCUCGUGCCCAGCUCGCAGAAGGCGCUGCUGCUGGAGCUCAAAGGGCUGCAGGAGGAGCCCGUGGAAGGGUUCCGGGUCAACCUGGUGGACGAGGGGGACCUCUACAACUGGGAGGUCGCCAUCUUCGGCCCCCCGAACACCUACUAUGAGGGCGGGUACUUCAAGGCUCGUCUCCGGUUUCCCAUCGACUACCCCUAUUCUCCUCCUGCCUUUAGGUUCUUAACCAAAAUGUGGCACCCCAAUAUCUAUGAGACCGGUGAUGUCUGCAUCUCCAUCCUCCACCCGCCAGUCGACGACCCACAGAGCGGGGAGCUGCCAUCUGAGCGGUGGAACCCCACCCAGAACGUGCGGACCAUUCUCCUGAGUGUGAUCUCACUGCUGAAUGAACCCAACACAUUUUCUCCAGCCAACGUGGACGCCUCCGUGAUGUACCGCAAGUGGAAGGAGAGCAAAGGGAAGGACCGGGAGUACACAGACAUCAUCAGGAAGCAAGUCUUGGGCACGAAGGUGGACGCUGAGCGGGAUGGUGUGAAGGUCCCCACCACGCUGGCAGAGUACUGUGUGAAAACCAAGACUCCAGCCCCAGAUGAGGGCUCAGACCUCUUCUAUGAUGACUAUUAUGAGGAUGAUGAGAUGGAGGAGGAAGCAGACAGCUGUUACGGUGAUGAGGAUGACUCUGGCAAUGAGGAAUCUUGAUGGCCCUCAGGCAUUGCAAAACUUAUUAUAAACUACUGAAUUUUACCUCAACUAGGACAAACUGGUUUGAAUUUAGCAUCUGACAGCCCUGAAAUUAACUCUCUACCUCGCAGGGAGACUGUUCUGCUGUUGCAAAGGAAAUGCCACCACUGUCUUUGUAGAAAAAGCAAGAAACAAAAACAAACCCUAUUUUAUAAACUUGC